AACUGAGUACGAGGGAGCUGUGUGAUUGAUAAAACCACCCAUAAUUUGCGCAUCCUCCCAUCCCUAAAAUUAAAUAAAAAGUCAAAUAAUUACCAAAAAGCAAAGAAAAUCUUCUAACACUAAUUACACAAUUGAGUGACCAACCCGCAUUAAUUACGGAAGAUAAUCAACUCCCUUUUUUUUCCCUUUAUAAAUACUCUGCCACUCCUCUGUUCCCACAACCUCAACACAAACUACUUUCCCACUACUCGAUCCCUCUCUAAGGCUCUAACUAACUUCCUUUCUAUACCAAUGGCCUCCAUUAUCAUCCCUCUCAUUUUCUCUCUUUGUUCGUUUUUCUCUAUCAUCCAUGCUAGGAGGCCUGGUGUUUACUCCGGUGGCGGUUGGCAGAGCGCUCAUGCUACUUUCUACGGUGGCUCCGAUGCCUCUGGAACCAUGGGGGGUGCUUGUGGGUACGGAAACUUAUACAGCCAAGGGUACGGGGUGAACACGGCCGCACUGAGUACAGCCCUAUUCAACAGUGGUCAGAGUUGUGGGGCUUGCUUUGAGCUUAAGUGUGCUGAUGACCCGCGGUGGUGCCACCCAGGAAGCCCUUCCAUCCUUAUCACUGCCACCAAUUUCUGCCCGCCAAAUUACGCCUUGGCUAGUGAUAAUGGCGGUUGGUGUAACCCUCCUCGCCCGCAUUUCGACCUCGCUAUGCCUAUGUUUCUUAAGAUUGCUGAGUAUCGUGCUGGCAUUGUCCCUGUUGCAUUCCGCAGGGUGCCAUGCAGAAAGAGGGGUGGUAUUAGAUUCACAGUGAACGGCUUCCGUUACUUCAACUUGGUGUUGAUCUCCAACGUUGCCGGUGCUGGUGAUCUAGUGAGGGCUAGUGUCAAAGGAUCACGUACUGGAUGGAUGAGUAUGAGCCGUAACUGGGGUCAAAAUUGGCAAUCCAACUCCGUUCUUGUUGGUCAAGCACUUUCUUUUCGUGUCACAGCUAGUGACCGUAGAACUACCACCUCUUGGAAUAUUGCUCCCUCUAAUUGGCAAUUUGGUCAAACUUUCAUUGGCAAGAACUUCAGGGUCUAGAAAAUUGCUUAAAUGUACCCCUUUUGCUGUCUUUUGUUUUGUUACUUUGGUGCUUAUUUUUCUUCCCAUGGUUUGAGGGAAAUGGGAGGAAAACUUGGGGGUGUUUUUUUUUUUUUUUUUUUAAUCUUUUUAUAGUCAAGUGUUUUGACUCCAUAGGAUUAUUAUAGUGUGUUUGAAAAGAAAGAAUUCGAAAAUUUGAAAAAAUGGUAGAAAGUCGAAGCGGCUUAGAAAAAUGUUCUUCUAGCCCGCGGCUUUGAUUAUACUAGGUUGUGUAAUAUUUGACCCAUAUAUAUGAAUACAAAAAUUUCAUUUUAGGUAA